GGCUCCGCCCCCUGGGUUCGGCGCUCUGGCCCCGCCCCGCGCCCGGGAGGAAGUUCCCGCUGUGGCAACGGCCGCGGGGUCGUUCGGCCGACGGUGGCCGCGGGUGUCCGUUUCGCGCUCUCCCAUGGCGGAGCGGGAGGAUGUCGCUGGUGUUGGGGCUGCUGUCGCACACGCUGGGCAGGGUGCUGCGGUACUCCGGGCUCCAUAGGGGCUGCCAUGCCCCGCGGAAGCAGGCCAUGGAGCAGGACAAGGCGCUCGAGGUUUAUGAUAUAAUUCGUACUAUUCGGGACCCGGAGAAACCUAAUACUUUAGAAGAACUGGAAGUGGUAACGGAAAGCUGUGUUGAAGUACACGAGAUAGGUGAAGAUGAGUAUCUGGUAAUCAUCAGGUUUACACCAACAGUACCUCAUUGUUCUUUGGCUACUCUCAUUGGCCUUUGUUUAAGAAUAAAACUUCAGAGAUGUUUGCCUUUUAGACAUAAGCUGGAAAUCUACAUAUCUGAAGGUACACAUUCCACUGAAGAAGACAUCAACAAGCAAAUCAAUGAUAAAGAAAGAGUAGCAGCUGCGAUGGAGAAUCCAAACUUGCGUGAAAUUGUGGAGCAGUGUGUUACAGAGCCUGACUAGUAGCUAUAACCACCACAGAGUUGUCAUUUUGAUAUAUUUGUUAAAAACUUUGUUAAAAAAAAAAGUGAUGAUCAAGGCCUUGAGUUUAAUACUUGAGUUCUUUUUAUCUUCCACAUGUUUUUUAAAAGAAAUUGUUUAUAAGAUAGAUUUAAAUUAUGAUAAAUUAGUCUCUAAAAUAAAGUGAAAUGUAUAGUGUUAAGAGUUUGUAAUAUCUGCUGUUCAGAAAAAUAUUUUAUCUAAUUAAAAACAAAACAAGUUAUCUGUA